AUGUCGCUGUGCGCCGUCAGUUCCCAAAUGGCGGCGAUGAACGCAGUCUUUGACGACACAUUGCUUCAAGGCAUCUCCAUCCCCGACAGCGAACUCUACUUCACAGAGGCUGUGUCCAAUAUACCAGUUCAUAUCCCUCAGUCGCAGAACCUGGACUAUCUGCGGUCCUUCGGCCUUUUGGCUGUCUACUCUCUGCGCCAUGGCAAUCACAGCGACCUCCACCGGUAUUUGGGUCUCUAUCAUGCCUCAGUCGCGCAACAUGGCUUUCACGAUGAAAGCCGCUGGCCCGAUGAUAUCACCACUUUCGAGGUUGACGAUCGCAGGCGCCUCUUUUGGUGUGCCUAUCGCCUUGAGGUCCAUUCGGCAUGUGUUCUUGGACACGUCGUGAGGAUGCCGGAAUCGCAAGUAUCAGUUCUCUAUCCUCGCAUCACUCCAGCGAUGGACCCGGAAACACAGGCCUGGACUGCCGGCUGGGACUACAUCACAGACCUGUUCCGGCUGUUGGAAUACGCAAUCUUCAGCCUGCACGGGUGCAAGAACCGGAAGGCAGUGUUGGCCGUCCUCUACGAUAAGCCCGCCCCGACGACUCUGCUCAACAGCCUAGCCCAGCUCAAGGCCAAUAAGUCUCGCAUACUCCUGGGCCUGACUGAGGCAGAUGGAGAAUUUCAGAGUAACCGCUGCAAGUACAUGUCAGUCCAGAUCACUUGCACGGAGACGCUCGUGAACAUCAUGGCCCUCCUCUACUGCCAAGCACCCGCUCAAGAGGUCAUGACUCUCGCCAAUAGCUUUCUAGAAGAGGUGAUCAAAGCCCCGCUCAUCAUGUUCAAAGUUGCAAGCAUCCAGAUUGUGCAUCAGCUUCUCGGGCUGAAGCUGCAGAAAGACUGCUUGAACUAG